AGGAGGAGGAAACACGUGGUUAUGUUUUCAUUUCUGCUCCCAGUUUCACGACUUUCUGCAACAAACUGCGGCGAUGGAGGAGCACCUUGUUCGGACGCCGGUUCCUCAAGAUCUGGUGCAGGUUCUUGGUGUUAAGCCUCAGAGCAGCUCCCGGGCGGCGGCCUUCACUGAGGCCUUCCUGGAGAGCAGCGUGCAGCACGCUCCGCGCCACGACGUCAAGGACAUGCUCAAACACAAGGCCGUGAUCCUGGGCUACGGCCGGGCCAAGAAAGACCGGGCCGACAGAAACAAGAAGAAAGCCAAGGGGCUGAACGCGUGUCAGAAGAGGAAGCUGAAGAUCUUCCAGAUUAAACCUGAACACCAGAGGUACGAGCUGUUCCUGCCUCUGCACGACCUCUGGAGACAGUACAUCACCGACCUCUGUGGGGGAUUGAAACCGUCAAGUAAUCCUCAGUUCGUGCAGCAGAAGUUCCUGAAGGCAGACUUCCACGGCGCCAUCAUCACAGUGGUCCGGUCCCGGUGUCCGUCAUACGUGGGAGCCUCGGGGAUCCUAGUGCAGGAGUUCAAGCACGUCUUCAAAAUCAUCACCAAAGACGACAAACUGAAAGUGAUUCCUAAGAGGAACAGCGUUUUCUCCGUGGAGAUCAACGGCUUCGUCUCGCACAUCUUCGGCAGCAAGUUUGAGCAGCGAGCCAGCGAACGCUCCGCCAAGAAGUUCAAGGUGAAGGGAAGCAUCGACCUGUGAGGGCGUCGGUGUCGCCCCGGGAGGUGCUGACGCCCCGGGAGGGCCGGGACCGGCGGCCCCCCCUGAACUCCCU